AUGAAUAAUAAAUAACAAACAACCCCAAACCUUACUAAAAACUUAAGUUAAUAAGUUUGUGAUUUGCAUAAAAAAUAAAUAUCUGGAGUCUGUAUGGAAGAUCUAUGUAAAUAUUCAUCAAGAAUAUUAUGUAGUGAUUGUUAAUUCACUCAUUAAAAAUGUAAUAUGAGAAUGGAAAUAUAGCAAUUUCAAAAUGAAUUAUCAUAUAUACUGAAUCCAGAAUUACAUAAAGCAACUUGUCACUAUUUUCCUGAACAUUCUAAAUUAUUAAAAUAUAUAGAUGAGUUAUUUGAUAAGGCGAAAAAUAAAUUUAAACAUCAUCUUUUAGAAUUAGAACAGAAAUAAUUGGCAUUUAUUUUAUAAGAAUAAGGAAUAAUCAUUAAUUCGAAUUAAUCAAAUCGCUGGGCUUAGUAAUUAAUUAAUAUGCGAAAUUUAAAUCUGAGUAAAUAAGAAUAUGAUUCAGCUGUUAUAAUGAUGAAAGAGAAAUAAUCUUUUGAUAAAACAGUUAUAAAUGAAGUAAAACAAACCUUUGAUAAAUUUAAUAUUCUAAACAAAAAUGUAUUAGAACAAUUAUUAGUAAACUUUCGUCUACAAAAUUUUCAUUAUGAUGUUCAAUAAUUAUAUGAUGAAGCAAUUAAGACAUUGAAUAAAACAAAUAUUGAUUCUUUUUCUGACAUAGAAGAUAAAAUAAAAUAAAAUAGAUUUAAAUCUUUAAGUGGAGGUCAUGAGUCAGAAGCUUCAAUAGUAUCAAUUACAGAAAGUCCCUCUCAUUUAAUUUCUGGAAGUGAUACAGGUAAUAUUGUGGGUUGGUUUAAACCUAAUUACUCUUUAGAUUUUAGAAUAAAAGCAAAUGAAGGAUUAAGUGCUUUAGCUGUGGCUAAACUCUAAGAUUAAUAUUAUUUAUUUGCAGGGGGAUAAGGUAUUAUAACGGCUUUUUCUUUGUAAUCAAAAUUAAAAAUAUUCAAUUUAAAUGGACAUACAUAAAGAAUAUCAAAAUUAUAAUCAUAUUCUUUAAGAAAUUUAAUAUCAAGUUCUUAAGAUGGUACAAUAAAAUUAUGGGAUUUGAAAGAAAGAAAAUAUUUUAAAUGUUUUAGUGCUCAUUAAGGACCUGUUUCAGAUUUUUUAUUGGAAAAGGAGUUGAUAACAGUGGGUUAAGAUGGUUAAAUAAAUUGGGUAAAAAUAAUUAUUGAAAGUUUAGAUUGAUCUUGGAAGUUAAACAAUAAGAAAAUCUACUUAGUUUUCUAUUCCAAUAUUUUGUAUAGGAUAAAUAAAAUAAGGAAAGUAUGUUCUUGGUAUGGGAGAUGGAAGUAUAAAGAUUUUGAAAGGAACUAAAACAAGAGAUUAUAAAGUUAGUUAAGAUGUAAUUUAUAGGUAUUAAAUACAUAUAAACUAUUAGAUUAUUAGCUUUAAAUAAUAAAUAAAUAGUUUGUUAUUCAGGAGAUGGUUAUUUGUGUGUAAUAAAUUUAAAAAAAUCUUCUAAAAUAUUCAAAAGCUCAAUUUAGAAAGAUGGAUAAUGGUAAGAGCUUUGUUAUAUUGAUAAAUAAUUGAUGAUACCACAUUAGGGAAAUAUUAGAGUCUAUUAAAGAUGA